AUGAAGACCGGUCCGAAAGCCCAACUGGCGAUAUGCAUAGGACUAGCUGCUUGGUCCAACGCUCAGUUGAGCAACUGGAAAAGCGACCAGGUGAACACUAGCAUAUUCAACCUUCAAGGAUAUGUCCUGUCAUACAAUCUGUCAGAAUCCUUCUCCAAAGACUCAAACGUCACUGGGAUUCUUUUAAAAGACCUCAUGUCCAAGGCAAUUGGCGGAUUGCAAAGCGGCAUCAGCUCAGAACCAAACUACGACGAUGGUGCCAUGUUGGCUAAUGAUGCCGAAUUCUUCCUAUAUGGAGGGGCCCUGGUAAAAAUUGAAGGCUUGUACGGCGCACCUGCCGCAGAUGCAGUGCUUGCUUAUCGCCGAUACGCCUAUGGCCCAGAAAGGCCGCUCUGGCAAAGAGGGUUCAACAGUGGACGUUUGGACGACGGUGUGACCAGGUAUAUUGCCUACGGUGGUGCAGUGAGUGCACCGUCAGAGAACAAGGCGUGGUAUUUUUCUGGCCUCUCAUCUCCAAGUAGAGGUCCGAUCAAUUUUUUGAUUGCCAAUGAUAACUCAACAACCGCCUCGAAUCCCUCCAACACACUUAUCGAGCUGGAUAUGACGGACCAGCUUUUCGAGAAGUGGACCAACGUAACUCUUCCUGACAAUAUUAAGCCAAGAGCAAACCCUGAAGUUGUCUGGGUGCCAGUUGGGAAGGAGGGUAUCCUAGUCGUCUUGGGUGGAGUUGUGUAUCCAGACUGGGAAUUUCCAUCCCGCAAGUCUGCAAACGAAACGGAGAGUAAGCUGAAGAGCCCAGAAUUCAUGCGUGUGAUCGACAUAUACGAUAUUGCCAACAAGAAGUGGUACCAGCAACCAACAGAAAGUGGUCCAGGAGCAAGGGCGCGAGGUUGUGCCGUCGUGGCGCCCGCAGCAGACAAGUCUAGCUUCAACAUAUACUAUUACGGCGGUUACGACGGAAUACAUCCGAAGGAUGAUUACUCCGACGAAGUUUGGGUUCUAUCACUGCCGUCCUUCUCUUGGACCUUGGUAAACAAAGGGGCCCCCUUCCACGGCCGUUCGGGACACAAAUGUUUUAAGCCGUAUCCAGACCAAAUGAUGGUUUUUGGAGGAUAUACACCUAAAAAGACGUCAUUGCCAUGUCUAGAUCAGGGUCCCGUCGUGGUUUUCAAUUUGACUAGUGGGAAUUGGCUGGACGGUUACUCACCAACAAAAUAUAGCGAUUAUGGUGUGCAUGAGAAGAUCAUCGCGGCUGUAGGCGGAACCGCAUCCGGAGGGGCAACUGUCAGGUCGCCUUCGCCUUCAGGUUGGGCUUCAAAAGAACUAGGCGACGUUUUCUCAGUGGCAUAUGACACGAAGAAGCUCAAGCAGUAUUGGCCGUAUGGCUCUGCGUCGCCGCCGUCGCCGCCGCCGCCGCCACCUGGUACUACGUCUCCUCCAAAGCAGCCUAAUUCGCAACCUCGUGACCACUUACUCUCAAUCAUCCUCCCUGCCGUUAUCAUCCCCGUGCUCUGUUCUAUUGGUGUCGGUAUAGCGUUAUGGUAUUUCUGCUGCAGGAAAAAGAAAGCUGCCGCUGUGUCAUCCACAGACUCAAUAGCAGAUGGGAGCGGUUUAAAUAUUAUGACUUGGGUUAGAGGACCCGGAGCGACCAAGAGGUCAAUGAUGACCGAAUCGCCCCAAAAACCCGAAACAGACACUUCUCCCGAUAUGAAAGAAACUUCCAAUUUUGAGCCGAUUGCUACGGACAAAGCAGAGACCAUAGUAUACGAGAUGGAAGAUACUCAAGUCUCUGAGCUCUGCGAUACGUCUUCUCCUGCGGAGCUACACGGCAUAGGAUUUACACCGAUGAGUUCAUUUCAAAAACAAUUCGGUCCUUACAACUUCCAAAGGCCCUGUUCUCAGUACAACGUACAAUCGGGACUGGGGAGUCCGAGUGCUGCAUGUCAGCUGUCCGACGGUGCGACGGAAUGGAUUGAGUCGCCUUUACUAGGCACAUGGUCUCAGUUCACAGGAUUAGAGAUAGCUAGCCAUCCCAGCCCAUCCGAUCAUUCGAAAAAACAAGACGCUUCAGCGGUGUCGCCCGAAGAGGGAGCUCGGCCAGACAGACCCCUGUCUCCGGCCUCAACAAGCGAGAGACUUGGUAGCGAUUAUUUUGCUGCGGCCGCCAUAAUGAGCCCCUUGGAUCAGACUAUGUCUGGAGAGACUGACGACGGACGCUUUGACAAUCAGUACUAG